GCAACUCUAUAUAUAGUUUCGCGCCAUUUACUAGUUUCGAUAAAAAUAUUUUAACUUUACUUGCGGUUCGCAAGUAAUUAAAAUUAUUUUCAAAGUAGAAAACAAUGGUUAACGCAAAGCGAAUUACUGGAAAGCAAUUAACCGAUUACACUACUAAAGAUGUGAUCUUGCUUGGACAAAUAAAAAAGAUCAGUUCCAAUGGUAAAGGAAUAGAAAUGUCAACAACUGAUAAUGUUUUAGUAAAUGUUAACUUACCAGAACCCAUUAAUGAAGUUGCUGAAGGCUAUAUUGAAGUUUAUGGAACAGCAAUGUCAAGAUCAACUGUUUCAUGCAAGUCAUAUAUAAUUAUUCCACCAGAAAUGUCUGAUAAUUUUGAAACUGACAAGUAUAAUGCACUGCUCUCAACUCUCCUUGUCAUUGAAAGCAAGAAAUGGAAAAUUAAUGCUGAAGAUGAUCCACUUUGAAAACUAUAGUUUGAUUCAAAAUUUUAUUAAGUUAUUAUGAUUUAAUGAUUCUAAGUAUAUUCUGUAAGGAUAGCUGGUGUUAAAUGUAAAAUCGAGUUUCUAUUUGUAAAAUAGUUAAAUUUAUAUUAAAUCGUUUUUACAAACAUUUGUAUCAAUAAAAGAAAUGUUCAAAAAAAUAAAAAA